AUGGCUUCCUUGCUAAACGACAAACCCAAUGCCAUGAGAAGGUUCCAAAGAAAACUAAACCUCGAAAACAUCUUUCACUUGUUUAACGUUGCUGCCGCGAUUUUGCUCUUCUCACACUCUUUUUCCUUCCCUAUCACCCUCCAAACACUUUCCCAUAUCCACCACACAUUAAUUCCACUCUUCCACAAUUCUUUCUACGCUUUUCUUCUCCUAAACGCCAUUAUCCUCUUCCUCUUCGCACUCUCCAAUAACAAAAACAAACACAAUAACAACAACAACAACGUUGAUGCCUGCAUCGACGUCUACGAGGAAAUCCUCAACCACAACGAGUCUCGCCACGUCGUAACCGCGCCACAGGAACAACCUCGUACCGCAGAGAAAGAACCCGAGGAAAUUGUCACGGCGGUUACCGAGACGGCGUGCUGUUGCACAACAGUGACGACGGUGACUGAGGGAGAGGCGAUUUCGGUGUCGGAGAAGAAGCCCUACCGGCGAGUUCAGUCGGAGAGUUACGAGCGGCGGAUGGUGGUGGCGGCUGCCCGGGGAGAGUUGAAAAGAUGGGAGACGGUGGGACUGAGGAGGCCGUUUGAGAGUGAAUUGCGGUGCGUGGAAGAGUUGAGUGAAGAGGAAUUCAAUCGUGCGGUUGAGGAAUUCAUCGCCUUGCAUAAGAGAAUGCAGUGGGAAGAACAACUAGCACAGAAUUUGGCAUGCACUCCAUCGAAUUAA